UUUGAUGGCGGGCGGUUCUCAAGGAGAGCCCUCCUUCUGCUCCUGUCAGUAUGUGCCACGGUGCUGUUUGCAGAAGAACAUUCACAAACUCAAGGUGUGGAUCUCAUCCUCCAGCUGGGCCUGUCCGGCCGCAGGGACGCCGGACGAUCCUCGUGGACGAGUGCAGCCACAUCCACGCUCAUUCCCUCCCUCCCGUCCCUGUCUGUUUUUACCCCCGGGGUCGGGGUGACCCUGGACCGUAACGGCAUCGUCGAGGCCCCUGUGGUGGGUCUCCUCCCCGCGGGCGUGGAGAAGGAAUUCACCCUGGUAGUAAGCCUCAACUCAAAGCGCGCCAGCAACGCCUUCCUGUUCAGCGUUCGGGACGGCACCGACCGGCUGCAGUUCGGCCUGCAGCUUCUGCCCAACCGGGUCGUGGUGUACACGGGCGACCGGGCGUCCGUGUACUUCGCCUACGAGGCUCAGGAUGGCCGGUGGCACUCGUUCGCGGUGGCCGUGCGCCCGCGUUCCGUGUCGUUUUUUGCACACUGUGGAAAGCUACACUACACCGAGGACACGCUGACCAGGUCGAGAACGUUGAGCUCGGACGGCCGGGUAGCCGUGGGCAGGAUGAGCUCCAGGGCGGCGCAGUUCGAAGGCGUCCUGUGCCAGCUGGAGAUCUACCCGUCGGCGCAGGUGGCGGCACAUUACUGUGAUUAUGUAAAAAAAAACUGCAGACUUGCCGACACCUUUCGGUCGCCAGUUCACCCAGAAGAUGCCACAUCCCUGUUCCCCUCAGCAACCCUUAAUCAAGGGUCUGCGGUGACCUCUCCUACUGCCACGCAAAACCCUGCCACCAUCUCAAACGGGGGAACCGACUCCCCUCUCAGGAACUCUACAGGACCUACAAGGGCGUCCUUUCGGAAUACACUGAGCUCCAGCCCUGCUAGGACUAUCCAUACAUCUCCAAGCUCUUUUAGACUUUCAGACUUUGUGGAUCCUACACCAAGGACUACCACCAGUACCUCUCCGAGAGAGGACAACAACACAGAGGACCAACGUUUGCCAGGGCGGCCCCGUGCCACCCGGGCCACCCCAGACUCGCUCUCUCUACACAGGCAGAACAUGCUGAUCGAGAUCUUGGGGAAUGACGGCGGCUCAGAUGAGUGGAGAAGCGGCCCGACGGAGCCCCACCCAAAGGUGAGCGGCGCUACUAUGUACAGGCAACAGGGAGACCACAACCAGGUGGAGCAGAUCGAGAACUACGGCGAGGAGCGGAUAUACGACUCAGGGGUUUACGGAUACGAUUACGGAUUAGAAGAAGGAGACUAUUUUUUCGACUACGAAAGCUUCGACCUUCUGAAAGGCGACCCAGGACUCCCGGGUCCUCCUGGUCUCCCCGGUCUCCCAGGGCCACCAGGAGUAAGAGGACCGCGGGGUCCUCCUGGUCCUCACGGCAGUCCCGGCCCACCCGGAUUACCCGGCCCCAAGGGUGCGAAGGGUGACCCCGGAGAGUCCCCAGGUCCGGCCAUGAAAGGAGAACAGGGUGCUAGAGGACCUCCAGGUCUCCCAGGUCCUAAAGGUUUUCCAGGUCCGCUGGGUCCUAAAGGAUAUCCAGGUCCAGCAGGUCUGCCGGGAGAAAAGGGUUUGCCAGGAUUGCCGGGCGUGGUCGGGGCAGCAGGUUACCCUGGCAGGCAGGGAUUAGCAGGUCCGGAGGGGCGCCCGGGCCCUAAAGGUGUAAACGGUUUCAUCGGACCCCCGGGUGUAUUGGGACCGCUGGGCAUCGAGGGAGAGAGGGGGAUUCCAGGACCUAGAGGAAAGGAAGGACUCAAAGGAUGCCAGGGUGUGAUUGGGGAUGCCGGUGAGAGGGGCCCCCCGGGACCAGACGGGAAUCAGGGACCUGUUGGAGCGACGGGCACCGGUGGCUUCCCUGGUCUCAGAGGUGACCCUGGGCCUGAGGGACCUCAUGGACUGCCUGGCAUAGUGGGACAUCAGGGCCCGGCUGGAGGAGUGGGACCUCCUGGAUUGAAAGGUGAUAAGGGAGAACCUGGAUUACGGGGAGAACCUGGAGAAUACGGCUACCAAGGUGACAAGGGAGCUGCUGGUGUUUUAGGACCUCCAGGACCACGUGGGAAACCUGGACCGAUGGGAAAAACAGGUGACCUAGGACCCACAGGACCACCAGGACCUCCAGGACCCGAGGGAUUUCCCGGAGACAUCGGCGUUCCGGGACCCAACGGACCUCCAGGACCACAGGGUCUUCAGGGAGCAAGGGGACCUCAGGGGCCUCAGGGGCCAAAGGGAACAGAGGGGGAUGAAGGCCCUUUGGGUCCACCUGGCGGUCCUGGUCCCACCGGUAGACCUGGAAGAAAAGGGUACGUCGGCGAGCCCGGACCUGAAGGACCGAAGGGGGAAGUCGGCGACCAGGGAAACGUCGGGAAGAGCGGCGCUCCUGGGUCGGUAGGACUUAUCGGAAUCCUGGGUGUUGUGGGCCCCCCUGGGGACAAGGGUGAUCGUGGUCCAUUGGGUCCAUUGGGUCCAUCAGGGGAGAAGGGUUCAAUGGGAUACCCAGGCUUGCCAGGAGGCCCUGGAGACUUUGGCCCUCAAGGUCCACAAGGCCCAUCAGGUCCCAGGGGUAGCGCAGGUGUUUCUGGAACAAAAGGAAGAAGGGGGCCGAGAGGAGCUGAUGGGCCACCAGGAGAGCCAGGACUCCAGGGUCUCAAGGGGGAGAAGGGGGACAUCGGCAAGAAAGGAGCUCCGGGGUUCAUCGGCAAAGCUGCAAGUCCAGGGAAACGAGGCUCUGCAGGACCACCAGGGGUCGUUGGUCCUCCAGGCAGUUCUGGUGAAAAAGGUCCUCAUGGUGAACCUGGAGCUAAAGGGCCACCGGGGGAGCCGGGAGCCGACGGAGAGCAAGGACCCGAGGGCUCUCCAGGACCUGAAGGAGAACAGGGAACUGCUGGAGAACCUGGCGCCAAGGGUGAAGUUGGACCGGUGGGUCCGGAAGGGGAACAAGGACAGGAAGGUGUUCGGGGGCCUCCAGGUCCACCAGGAGAAGACGGACCUCAGGGAAAGGACGGGCCGAAGGGUGAAUCAGGUGACCGUGGACCGAUGGGAGAGUCCGGAGAAAGGGCUGAGGCUGGUGAACCUGGAUCUCCGGGACUACCUGGAGAACCUGGUGUGAAAGGAUUCCCUGGACCAGAAGGAAAACAAGGACUACCUGGCAAACGGGGACGUCAUGGGAAAAAGGGUGACCGAGGUGCUCCGGGUCAAGCGGGUGAAAUCGGUUCUCCUGGAGAAAACGGACAGAUCGGAGAGAGAGGAUUAAAAGGAACUCGUGGAACUAGAGGACCAGCGGCUCAGCCGGGAGUUAUGGGGGCGCAGGGGGAGCCGGGAAUGGACGGGUACACAGGUCACGCCGGGAUGCCAGGCCCACCCGGUCCUCCAGGACCGAAAGGUGAAAAGGGUUAUCCAGGAGACGACAACAAGACUCCGGGACCGCCGGGGCCCUUAGGUGAACCAGGUCCUUCAGGUGAGCGAGGUGAACGAGGAGAACCAGGAGAACCAGGAUAUCCAGGGCAAACUGGGGUCACCGGUGCUCGAGGGUCGGCGGGUCAACAGGGGCCACCGGGAUUACCUGGGCGGCCUGGAGAGACCGGACCACAAGGAGAUAAAGGAACUCAGGGACAACCAGGGAAAAAAGGUGCUCGGGGUCUGACGGGUUUACCUGGUCCGGAGGGGCCUACAGGAUUUCCGGGUCCCAAAGGUAUGAUGGGAUAUCCUGGGCCUGAUGGUCCUCCAGGUUUACCGGGGUUUCCAGGACUGCCAGGCCUAAAGGGUGAUGAAGGUCAGCGUGGUACAGAAGGCAUCGAGGGCAGGGCGGGACUUCCUGGUCCACGUGGUGAGAUCGGUCUGCCAGGUGCUAUUGGAGAUAGGGGAGCGCCCGGCGUCCAGGGAGAGAGGGGUCUGCCGGGCGAGCGGGGGUCCGCGGGUGCCAAAGGCUUGCAGGGCACCGCUGGUGACCAGGGUAAAAGGGGCGACACUGGAGUCAAAGGUCAACCGGGCGAGCUGGGAGAUCCAGGUUUACUGGGACUGCAGGGUUUUUCAGGACCGAAGGGACCUGAUGGAGAAUUAGGAUUUACUGGAGCUCCAGGACCUAAAGGACCAACCGGUCCACUGGGUUUUUCGGGUCCUGUAGGUCCAGUUGGGAUGAUCGGUCCGGUCGGUAAACCUGGUUAUCAGGGUCCUAAAGGAGGAACAGGAGAGAUGGGACCUCAGGGGCCUCGGGGUAUUCCCGGACAAAGGGGCCCCCCUGGUGCUCCUGGACGAUCAAGGCGUGCACGGGUCAAAUCCAGGAAGGCCUCGAUGCAGUCCAGCGUCGACCUGCAGGAGAGCUUCCAGAACACAGAGGUGAUGCUGUCCGACCAGGGUUCCAGAGUACCAGAGAUUUUCAGGACGCUGGACUACUUGAGCGACGUCAUCGCGAGUAUCAGGGCGCCGGCGGGCACUCGGGAGAACCCUGCCCGCUUCUGCAAAGACCUACUGGACUGCCCACACAAGAGGGCAAACGGAAUGUUUUGGAUUGACCCCAACCUUGGCUGCACCUCCGAUGCCAUUCAGGUGUUCUGUAACUUCAGCGCAGGGGGGCAGACCUGCCUUCAUCCUCUCGCUACACAUAAGGUGGCGUUUGGAGUUAGUAAGGUCCAAAUGAAGUUUCUUCACUUGCUGAGCGUUGAAGCCACUCAGUCCAUCUCACUCCACUGCUACAGUGAGCCAGAUACCGCCGACGCCCGAGAGCCCAGCGCCGUGCGCUUCCACAUGUGGAACGGUCAGGUGUUGGAAAAGGAUUCCAUACAGCAGGAACAAAUCCUUCAGGACGACUGUGAGGUGCACGACGGCCGGUGGCGGCUCUCUCGUUUCCUGCUGCACACUCAGGACCCGACGCUCCUCCCCGUCGUAAACGUGCACGGCGUCCAGGCCCGGAGCGCAGGGGAGCAGCGGCGUCUGGAGGUCGGGCCCGUGUGCUUCCUCUGAGCCUCCCGGCGUCGGCUGUGAAACCAGUGAAGGACUCGCGUUCCCGGGCGGCGGCCCACAGAGCCGGACGGGCUACCGAGGAUCAAGGUGCUGCUGCCGAGGAUCAAGGUGGCUUUCCACGACCGUAACGCCGGACUGACCUCUACCGCCGGGCGAACAAAUGCUCUGUUUGAAAAAUAACGAAGAAUAUGAACUGAAUCGGAGCAGCUCGUUCCGUCCGAGCGUGUUUUUAUCUGAUGAGUACAGUGCUCGAGUCGACCGCGCCCACAGGCCGGUGAUCAGACUUGUGUUUGUUUCUAGGUACGAAUCAAAUCUGCUCGUUUUAUUUGAGUUCUGAAGACGUAACCUGUACCAGCAUCCAGAAUACCUGCGUAGGUUGAAGAAGCGUCACAAGACUCGUGAAUCAUGUAAGAAAGUGAGUCAAAUUACGAUCCACUACGUUCCACCAGUGUUUCUCAAUCCGGUAAAUUAAAGGUAAACUUUAUCACGACCACAAACCAUAUUCAUUUUUACUGGCCAAUAUACACCGAUCAGCCAUAACAUUAAAACCACCUCCUUGUUUCUA